UUUUCUUUUUUGUUUAUAACAGGAAAUGUCAUUUCCCAUAUAUUUUCAACACAGAUUUGAAUUCAUUUUAGGCUAAAACAAAUAUUUUAGUUAAAGAUUGGCUGCUUUUCUUGAGAACCUUCUUCUUCUUUUCUUUGCACAAAUUAAAGCGGCUCGAGUCAUAGCUAAGCAAUGUUUUCCGCAACUCAACAAGUUCUGAAAAAUCGCCGACGAAUGUCUAUUUUAGCAACGCUACAGCGUGAGAUUGCAGAUAGAAAAUCGUAUCAAGAUGAAUUUGCUGUUGUCAAAGAGCAAAAAAUAAGAUUGCACAAUUUUUUGGAAGAAUUACAAGUGGAAGAGGACAAGAUUCAAAGCAAAAUUUGUGAAAUAGGAGAAAACAUAAACAAAUUGGAACAAGCCAUAAAAGGCGAUAAGGAUACACCUAAAAAUUAACUGAGUUGAAAUUUGAUGAACUUUGGUUGUAUGCCGUAGUCUAUUAGCCUUAGUUUUAUACCAGUCCUUAUUAAUGUACUAUUAUUAAUUUUUUGAUGUACUAGAAAUGAAUAUAUUUAUUAUGUGAUAAGUGGAUUAAAGCGGCACGAGCGGUUUAAAUUUUGCGCCUAAUUACAAAUUAUUCGAUACCUUACAGGAUGCGAAAAAAUUCUAAUGAAAUUUACUGAUUUUCUACUUACAUG